AUGAAACCCUCAACUGUCUUCCUGGCGGCUCUCGCGCCCGCCGCCGUCCUCGCCGAUUCACUUCCUCGCGCCAAUGUCGAGAUCGCACACAACUCCAAUAUUCUGGCUCAGCGCUCGCCUUUUGCCACGAUACCGGAGCCUAAUAGACAUCAACAACGGAAGUCCAUCGUGGAUUCGGACGCGACGAUAGUCACUAUUGACAAGCGCGAGGCUAGGCAUAUCCUCCAGGCUCGCAGUGAAGGUUCACUGGGCCAAACGCCGUGGAUUGGCAUGGCGAUUGGCUUGACCUGCACGGCGCUGGCGGCAGUGAUGCUGGGAUAA